CGCGAGGCCCCCCCGAAAUGAUCCGGAAAUGAGGGGGCGGAGCGACUUCCGCGAGCACGCCGCCCGGAGUCGGGAAGCGCACCCGCUUUGACGUCCCUUCUCCCUUCCUCUUUCCCUCGAGCCGUUCCCGGUGUGAAGCUCCGGAGCCGGAGGAAUGAAGGACGGCGCCGCUGCUGCAAAUUGCUGGAGGUCAAACCAAGGCAGCAAUAUGGACUCACUAGAGGAGACUGGAGGUUCCUCAGCAGAAGAAACUGGAAAUUCUUCAACUGAGAACUAUUUUGUGAAUUAUACUUUCACUGAUCGUUCUCAUUCAGGCCGUGUGGCCCAAGGAAUUAUGAAGUUGUGUCUAGAGGAUGAGCUCUUUGCUGACGUUACCAUUUCGGUGGAAGGCAAAGAAUUUCAAUUACACCGACUUGUCCUCUCUGCUCAGAGCUGCUUUUUCCGUUCUAUGUUCACAUCCAACCUGAAAGAGGCACAUAACCGGGUGAUUGAGUUACAAGAUGUCAGUGAGAGUGUCUUUCAGCUCCUGGUAGACUACAUAUAUCAUGGAACUGUGAAGCUUAGGGCAGAAGAUUUGCAGGAGACAUAUGAAGUGGCAGAUAUGUACCAACUAACUGCCCUUUUUGAGGAGUGCUCCCGUUUCUUAGCUCGAACAGUACAAGUGAAAAACUGUUUGCAGAUUAUGUGGUUGGCUGAUCAGCACAGUGAUGUGGAGCUCUACACAGCUGCCAAGCACUGUGCUAAGUCAUACUUAGCACAACUUCAGGAAACAGAGGAGUUUCUUCACCUUCCUCUCCGUCUCCUGACAGAUAUCAUCUCAGAUGGUGUUCCAUGUUCUCAGAAUCCAACAGCUGCCAUAGACACCUGGAUUGGCUUUAAUAAAGAAGAGCGUGCUGGUUUUUCAGAGAUACUGCGAUCAAGUUUAAAGGAAAUUGGAGAGAAGGUUCAUAUCUACCUGAUUGGAAAGGAGUCAUCCCGAACACAUUCUCUUGCUGUCUCGCUGCACUGCGCUGAUGAUGACUCAAUUUCUGUUAGUGGUCAAAACAGCUUGUGCCACCAGAUCACUACAGCCUGCAAGCAUGGUAGUGACCUCUAUGUUGUUGGAGGAUCCAUUCCACGCCGCAUGUGGAAAUGCAACAAUACCACAAUAGACUGGGAAUGGUGUGCACCUCUGCCCCGCGACAGGCUUCAACACACUCUGGUUUCUGUUCCUAGUAAGGAUGCUAUCUAUUCACUGGGUGGCAAGACACUGCAAGAUAUCCUCUCUAGUGCAGUCAUAUACUACAGAGUCAGAGACAAUGUAUGGACAGAAACUAGCCAGCUGGAAGUAGCUGUGUCUGGAGCUACAGGUGUAAAUCUCAAUGGCGUCAUUUAUUUGUUGGGUGGUGAGGAGAAUGACCUGGACUUUUUUACCAAGCCUUCACGGCUUAUCCAGUGCUAUGACACCAACACAGAAAAGUGCCAUGUGAAGCCUUACGUGUUACCUUUUGCAGGCUGCAUGCAUGCUGCAGUGCACAAGGACCUAGUGUUUAUAGUAGCAGAGGGGGAUUCACUGUUGUGCUAUAAUCCUCUCCUGGAUAGCUUCACCAGGCUCUGCUUGCCAGAUGCCUGGAGUUCAGUGCCAUCCCUCUGGAAAAUUGCUAGCUGUAAUGGGAACAUCUACAUCUUCCGGGAUCGCUACAAAAAGGGAGAUGCCAAUACCUUCAAACUCAAUCCUGCCACCUCUGUGGUAGCUGUCAACAGUGGUCUCAAAGUGCUCCUUACAAAUCUACAAUUUGUUUUGGCAUGAGGGAAGAAAAACCUAUAACUAGAACACUGAAACAUUCCAUUAAACAGGUCAGAGCUACAUAGACCCCAUAGCACCAGCUCUUUGAGGCAGACUACAGUACUUGUAGACAAUUCCACCCUUUCUUCAAACCUUCACUCACAAACAAGCAACACCACUACCGUACCUGCUGUAACACUAGCCCUUAAUUUGUGGGACCUCAGACUUGCCUAGCUUAUUGGUAACACCGUAGUCCUGUGCUGGUCACCUUUUGUGCCCCAAAGGUGAAAACCUUCUUAGGUUUACAUAUUUUACCACCAGCAAACACUUGUCCAAGCUGUUGAACCACUCCUUCAAUUACUUAGAGCUCCCCAUGUUGCAGGUUGUGCAAUCCUUCAAGUUAUAAAACAUCCCCAGGAGGUGCAAUUACCAGUCAAGUUCUAAAGGUUCCCUCCUAAUUAGGGUUGCAGAAGACAAUUAUUAAGCCAAAGGUACUGAAAGUAAUACAUCUUGUAGUUUUCUAGAUUGUACUAAGAAUAGAGGAGACCACAGUGCUAUCUGGCAGGAAAAAAAGCUGGCAUUGCACCAAUGCUGGGGUACCCUGUCCUGAAACUUGUUUCAAACAUAUCUGUUGAUACUGUAAACCAUUUGCAGUACAAAACUCAAUAAAGGCCUCUACUGAAACAA